CAUUGACGAUGUUUGUUCAGAGUGUAGACCAUUAUUGUGCCACAAACUUUGCAGUUCAAUCAAUCUUCAUAAAACUAAGAAAGUGAAGUUUUGUAAGUCGACAAAAUCAACGGAUCGUUAAAAAUGGGAGUACAAAAACUAAUCGUUGCAAGUGAUGAUCAAGAAGUAGUAAUCCAGUUCGAUAUUACUGGCAAAUUGGCCGACUUACGGAAAACUUUGAUCGACCUAAAUCACAUUUCUGAUGAUGACGAAAAGCAGCCUUGGCGUUUCGUAAAAGUAGAGGAUGGUAAAGCAACUGAACCAACUGACAAGAUGUUCGAGAUAUACAUUCCAGUCAAUGAUUAUAUCUACGACACCAACAAAAUACGUAUAACCAAUCUCAAGAAAGAUCUUCAAGUAUUCGCAGACUCUGCUAAGGAAAAGGUCAAAUUCGAUGUUACGAAUACCCUUGCUGAGCUACGAAAAGUUUUGAUCGAACGAAAGUUCAUUAUCGACGAUACUGAAGGUACCGGUUGGCGAUUCUUAUCACCGACAUUCGAUCCGGAGAAAGGUACCGUGAAUGACGCAAUUAUCACAAUGGAUGGAAGUGAAAAGACGACGAAGGUAAAAGAUUUUCUCUAUGGCAGCAGCAAAGUACGCAUGGUCGAUAUUAAGCGUAAGAUCCAGCCCGAUCUAAUUGGUGUUAGUUCGGACUAUUUCAACGAUGGAGACAUUGACGUUAUAGUUUCACGGAAUGACGGUAUUUCAAAGGACAAGUUCCAACCAAUAAUGAUGACACAUGUAAGACCGGCCAGAGAAGAUGGUGUGGUUACGGAUUUCUCUAACGUAGUUCUGUGCGAAAAGGGAACAUCAAUAGGCAUCCGUGUGGAAACUCGGCGCCAUAAAGGAAUGAUGUUCAGUAUAAAACCGGAAGAAGGAGAUGAUAUUGUUUCCUGGGUAAUUUGUCCAUAUAGAGGACUAACAAUAUCAGCGUAUGACAACCACGACGCUAUUAUAAUUGUUUCGGCUAAGGACGUGGGCAUUCCAACCAGAGAAAAACUGGGCCAUCGUCGCUUGACGGUUUUAGUUUGGAAACUUACUUCGUUCAUUCAGGAUGGGAAAAAAGUGUACUUCGAUGAGGAAGUGAAACCAAUGAGUAUGUCGCUUCGGAGUGGUGGAAAGGGCGCUACUAUGUCGGUUUUGCGUGGCGGCGGCGGGGUUGAUCCUAUCGACGGUAAGGAUAUAGAAGACGCGACUUUUGAGAGGGGAGAGAAAAUAGAGUAUCACCCUGGUGGCGUAUAUGAUGUUGUGGAAGAUCCUAAGGUGAUUUACGGUAAGAUUGACAUUGAUUUUUUCGUAUUUAAAUCGAGAGAAGCUGCACAAAAUAUGGUUGAAAUGAGAAUUAAUCCGAUCUAUUCAUAAAACAAAAACGAAAAUUUCAAAUGCUUGAAAGAUCAAUAAAAGAAAGUUUUUG